AUGGGCAGUUUCGAAGCGAGCUCCACUGAGCAAACCCGUUUUGCUACGAAGUCCGGAAAAGCCAAAAUUCCUGCUAAAACAAUGAUGUACAUGUAUGUAUGGUAUUUAAGUAAUACAAUUACCUACAGGCAACUAGCCGUAUUGUUUGGUGUAACGAAGUCCACAGCAUGGGCGGUUGUUCGUCGGGUUGUCGCGUGGGUUUUCUCAAUAGGCCAUGAGUUUAUUAAGUGGCCAACUGGAGAUGCGUUGGAAGAAACAACUCGCAAGUUUUUACAAAGGAAACAAAUACCAGGUGUUAUUGGUGCUAUUGAUUGUACCCACUUAACAAUUAAUGCACCAAUAAAAGACAAACAUACUAUAUAUUUUGAUCGUAAACGUAAUUAUAGUGUUGUUCUGCAGUCCAUUGUCGAUGCUGAUAAAAAAUUUAUUGAUAUUUAUUGUGGUGAACCCGGAUCAUAUCAUGACUCUGGAGUGCUAAAAAGGUCAGCAUUUUAUAGGAAAGCGGAAUGUAAUAUGGAAAGUUUCUUUCCAAAUUCUACUUUUAUUCUCAGGGACUCGGCAUACCCUUGCAGAAACUACCUCAUAUCGGUGUUUAAAGAUUAUGGUUCGUUAACGCUUAAUCAAAUCAGAUUUAACAAAACACAUUCUUCAGCAAGAAUAGUUGUUGAAAAUGCAUUUGGAGCACUGAAACGACGUUUCCGAAGGCUUCUUAAAUUUACGGAGCCCAGAAAUUUAUGUGCAAUUUCAAAUUUAGUUGCAAGUGCAUGCAUUAUGCACAAUAUUAUUACAAACGACGAUACAAUUAUUGACCAUCAAAUUGGAAGUGCCGAACCGGAACCAGAACCUGCUAAUGAGCUGGCGAGAGAAGCAGGUGGAGAUCGUCGGAAUCAGUUGCUCACCAUUUUAACAUGA